CAGGAUGCCUUGAGACAUACGCAGCAUCUGGUGGAGGAUUAACAUACAUACAUCUCUAUGUAUGCGUCACAUAUAUAUUUACUGCAAAUGGUGGGAAUCAUUUAAGACCCGAAAUGGGCGACCUGAAGUCGGGCUUUGAAGAGGUGGAUGGCGUGAGGCUCGGGUACCUCAUCAUUAAAGGAAAGCAAAUGUUUGCACUCUCCCAGGUUUUCACAGACUUGCUGAAAAACAUCCCGAGAACCACCGUACACAAGCGAAUGGAUCAUCUGAAAGUGAAAAAACAUCACUGCGAUCUGGAAGAGUUGAGGAAACUCAAGGCUAUCAACAGCGUCGCCUUCCACGCCGCCAAAUGCACUCUGAUCUCCCGGGAAGACGUGGAAGCGCUCUACACUUCUUGCAAAACCGAACGAGUCCUCAAAACCAAGCGGAGGAAAGUCAGCAGGGCUUUGUCAACAAAGGAGCUCCAACCGGAACACGCCGCCGCCGACCCUUACCCCGGCUUUUGGAAGGACAACCACCAACUUUGGCUGGGAUUGAAUGAAUCGGCGCAGGCUCUGCCAAUCAGCAGGCAGGCUCUGCGUCCCGGGGACGCCGCCUCGCUACCGGCCGUCGAUCUACCUCAGAUUUUUAGCAAAUCCCCCGGUCAGCGCUACCCGGAAAUCGCGCGAUCGCCUUGCAAACCCCCCCUAAACUAUGAAACUGCUCCGGUCCCCGGGAACUACAUCGCCUUCCACUCGGAUCCCCCGUACUUUCGGAGCCUGCUCUGCAGCAAGCACCCGGCGGCGGCGGCGGCGGCGGCUGCAGGCGCCGCCGCCGCCGCCUACUACCAGUCGGCAGCCCUUCCGCAGCCCAAGCUGGCGGCCGGGGCGGCGGGCAGCCCGGUCAGCUUGACUUACAGAUACAAGCGGAAGCGAGCCUGCGAGGGGGGUGGCAAGGACUGCCUGCUGAGCCCCCAAGCCAGCGCCCGGCGCCUCCUCAUCCUGCCCAGGUCCUACAAAGCCAAGGCGGCGGCGGCGGCGGCGGCCGCGGCGGCUGCGGCGGCCGCGGCGGCGGGGGCCUCUUGUCUGGAGCGGUUUCACCUGGUCAACGGCUUCUGCCCCCCUCACCACCACCACCACCACCACCACCACCACCACCACCCACCCGCCCGGCAGCAGCCCCAGCAGCCGCCGCCCCCGCAGCCGCCGCCGCCGCCGUCUGCCCACCAUCCUCCGCACCUCCCCCACCACCAGCCGCCGCCGCCGCCUCAGCCUCAGCCGCCGCCGCCGCCGCCGCCGCCGCAGCAGCAGCAGCAGCCCCAGCCGCCGCCGCCGCCGCCACAUCUGGGCAGCUUCCCCGAGAGUUACAGCAGCGACUCCGAAUCCAGCUCGUACUCGGACCAUGCCGCCAACGACUCGGAUUUUGGCUCCAGCCUGUCUAGUACCAGUAACUCCGCGUCCUCCGAAGAGGAGGAAGAAGAGGAGGGUGAGGAGGAGGAGGAGGAGGAGGAAGAAGAGGAGGAGGAAGAGGAGGAGGAGGAGGAGGACGGGAGUGGCUUGUCGGACUCGAGCGAGGUCAGCUCUGAGGAGGAGGACUCGUCUUCGGACUCGGAUUCCAGCUCGGGCUCCAGCCAGGUCUCGGUGCAGAGCAUCCGUUUCAGACGUACCAGCUUUUGCAAACCCCCCAGCAUGCAGGCGCAGGCCAACUUCUUGUACCACCUGGCCACCGCCGCCACUGCAACCAGACCCGCUGCUUUCGAGGAGGCCGGCAAGCUGCCCGACCUCAAAAGUAAUGUCAAAGCCGAAUCGCCAGAGGAUUGGAGUCAUCAGAGCUGGGCAUCCAAAACGCCUCCCGCGUGCUGCCCCGGCAGCCUAGGAACUUGUUUCACCGAGAUAAGGAACGAUAGGGUAUCCGAGAUCACAUUCCCACACUCUGAAAUUUCCAAUAACUUCAAGAGAACUGACUUGACCAUUAACUGCGGGGCAGAGGGGGCCUCUUCACCUAGCCCAAAGACAAACAAUGCAUUUCCACCACAAAGAAUACUCCGAGAGGCGAGGAAAUGCCUGCAAGCCACUACUACUCACUGUGCAGAUCACCAUACCGUUCCGUCUAGGUUGUUAAAUACCGAUUCUGCCGCUGCGGCAGAAGCAAAUUUAGGAAAAGGUUCCAAAAUCCCUCACUGUAUAGAAUUUACCUCGGAUUUGCCCCCUUCACAAACUGAUUCUGAGGUGGAUGCUGCUGUCGCUUCUGCACACUCAGAAGCAGCAGCAGCAGCAGCAGCAGCAGCAGCAACAGCAGCAGCUAAAACAGAAACUCCGUGCCCUGACUCAGGCAAUAAAACAUUGCCAUUCCUGCACAAUAUUAAAAUCAAAAUAGAGGACAGUAGUGCUAAUGAAGAAUAUGAACCUGACCUUGUUAAGCAUAAGCUAAAGUGUGAGUGCAAUGAUACAAAGGGUGAGUUUUACAGUGUGACUGAAAGUAAGGAGGACGCUUUGUUAACAGCCAAGGAAGAUUUUGCAUGCACUGAAAAAGAAACCACUUCCUUAAAUCCACUGACUCAGAGUCAGGGCCUUUCAUGCACUUUAGGUUCUCCAAAACCUGAGGAUGGGGAGUAUAAAUUUGGUGCGAGGGUGAGAAAAAAUUACAGGACACUGGUGCUGGGAAAGCGACCUGUACUGCAGACUCCUCCAGUCAAACCAAAUUUGAAAUCAGCUAGAAGCCCUCGUCCUACAGGUAAAACUGAGACACAUGAAGGAACACUGGAUGAUUUUACAGUUACCAAUAGACGAAAAAGGGUAGCCAGCAAUGUAGCAUCAGCAGUGAAAAGGCCAUUUAAUUUCAUGGCAAAUUUUCCCUGUCCACCAUCACUAAUUAUUGGGAAUGAUGGGGAUUUGUUGCCGGCUUAUUCCUUAAACACCACUAAGGAUUCCCAACCUCCUCACAAGGCCCAUCCUAUAUGGAAAUGGCAGCUGGGCGGUUCUGCAAUACCUCUUCCACCUAGUCACAAAUUCAGGAAAUUUAAUUCAUAAAAAAAUAUUUUGGGAGAUAUUUUCUUGAACCAUAUUACCUUUCUUAUGUUGUAAACUGCACGGGAUGGUUUGUACAAGUCCAUUAUGCUUUACACCCCUUUUGGAGUCCUGGUUUUUCACUUUGUGAAGACAGAAAUCGGAUUACUUUUUUUUUUCAUUGUGGGUUUUUUUUUUUUUUAGUGGGGGGGGGGGGGGGGGGAGGAGGGUUGGUUUACAUUCCACAGACUACUUCAGGCUAAAGACUCAAGUAAAACUCAGUUAUUAUGGUAGAGCUGGAACACUUUACUGUUUCAAUGCUAAUAAUGCACCGGGUACCUCAAUUCAACUGCUACAAAUAAAUGUCAAAAGGUUGAAUAAUAAAUAUUACAAUGAGCCAUUAAGUUUAUGCACUAGAUUUCGGACAUGG